UAAUGUGCGUCUUUUCUUUUCUAUCUCUGUCUCUUCUUCCCUGUUCUUCACUCGUCUCUGAUCUGCAGGGAAAAAUAAAAUAACGCUUCCGCAAACUUGGAAUCUCUAAGUCAUUCCACUUUGGCAAUUGUUCUGUUGGCGUAAUAAUAAUAAUAGAUAUUAGAUGGCGUACAAAGUGGACCAUGAAUACGACUACCUCUUCAAGGUUGUGUUGAUUGGGGACUCUGGGGUUGGAAAAUCCAAUAUCCUUUCCAGGUUUACGCGCAACGAGUUUUGCUUGGAGUCCAAGUCUACCAUUGGUGUUGAAUUCGCCACCAGAACAUUGCAGGUGGAAGGGAAGACUGUAAAGGCACAAAUAUGGGACACUGCAGGGCAAGAGAGGUAUAGAGCCAUCACAAGUGCAUACUACAGAGGAGCAGUUGGUGCUCUCUUGGUGUAUGACAUUACCAAGAGGCAAACAUUCGACAAUGUCCAGCGAUGGCUUCGCGAGCUAAGGGACCAUGCCGACUCCAACAUUGUUAUCAUGAUGGCCGGAAACAAAUCCGACCUUAAUCAUCUGAGAGCAGUGUCUACUGAAGAUGCUGAAAGUUUGGCUGAAAAAGAAGGACUAUCUUUUCUUGAGACUUCAGCAUUGGAAGCCUAUAAUGUUGAGAAGGCAUUCCAAACCAUAUUGUUUGAUAUAUAUCACAUUAUAAGUAAAAAGGCGCUCGCAGCGCAGGAAGCCACUUCUGCCGGUGUUCCUCAGGGAACCACCAUUAAUGUCGCGAACACGGCCAAUAAUGCAGAGAGUAGAUCUUGUUGCUCUAAUUAACAAUUUGUAGAAAAAGAGGUGACACAGAAAAAAUGUUUGUUUUUUUGUUGGAAAUUUGAAUACACAUGAUGA